AUGGAUAGCCCGCGCCCCCGAACUCGUCGGCGAGAGUCCCGCGACCAGCCCGCUGCGGAUUCGUCGUCAGACGAAUUGGCUGCGGGCCCCGAAGUUGACGAGUCCGAGCUCCGGCGAUCAAGCUGGACGAAGCAGAAGUCAUUCACGCCACAACGCUCAAAACACCAGGAAAGACAAUACAGAGAAUCGGAGAGCUCGGAUGAGCUGGCUGUCGAUGCGGACGAGUAUUGGCGCGGCUCUCGAGGCCGCCGAAGCCCUUCACCUAUCGAUCGUCACGCCGAUUCCAGCAGCAAUGACCGAUCUCAUGGAGGGUCUGAUGAGGACAGGAUAAGCAACGACGACGAGACUCUCGCCCCAGUGCGAGACGAUAUGUCUGACCGCUCUUCAACACCAGUCCCAUCGGUCGAGGCACCCUCAAAGCCUGAGCGGCUCAAUUACAAGGAGAAGUUUGUGCUUCGGGGACACCUGCGCGGCGUGUCUGCUGUCCAAUUCUCUCCGGAUUGCUCGAUGAUUGCAAGUGGAGGUGCCGAUGCUGCUGUCAAGGUCUGGGACACAUUGACUGGCCGAUUGAUCUAUACAUUUGAGGGCCACCUUGCCGGCAUAUCCACAUUAGCUUGGAGCCCCGAUGGGCAGUGGAUUGCUUCAGGCUCCGAUGACAAGACAAUUCGGUUCUGGAACGUCAAUACGGGUCGAGCACACACAAAAACUUUCGAAGGCCAUCACAAUUAUGUUUACCAGAUCGCAUUCGCACCAAAGGGCAACAUUCUCGUCAGCGGCUCAUACGAUGAAGCUGUCUUCGUAUGGGACGUCCGACGAGCACGUGUCAUGCGCUCCCUCCCCGCGCACUCUGACCCCGUCGCCGGCAUCGAUGUUGUACAUGACGGCACCCUUAUUGUGUCUUGCGCCUUGGAUGGGCUCGUCCGUGUCUGGGACACCCACAGUGGCCAAUGCCUGAGGACACUCGUGCACGAAGACAACCCGCCCGCCACUUGCGUCAAGUUCUCUCCAAAUGGAAAAUACAUUCUAGCGUGGACUCUGGACGGCUGUGUGCGCAUGUGGAACUACGUUGAGAGCCGCGUUAUCAAAACCUUCCAGGGCCACGUCAAUAAAAAGUACAGCUUGUCAGGCUGUUUUGGCUACUAUGGCUCUCCAGACGCCAAGCAUAACCCACCCCUGGCCUUUGCCGUGAGCGGCAGUGAGGACGGCGCAAUUCUCUGCUGGGACAUUGUCAGCAAAAAUAUCCUUCAGCGCAUUGAAGGUCAUACCGAUGUCGUCAUAGGCGUCCACACGGGAAAGCUGAAUGGCAAGCGUAUGCUCGUGAGCUGUGGUCUCGACAAGACCGUGCGCGUAUGGGAGGAAACUCCCGAGGACCAAGGCCAAAAUGGCUCUGGCGCAUCUCCGGUCGAAGUUGUCACUGAAACCAUUGUCCAAAACGGUAUUGCUACCAACAAUGAUGAUGACGGUGACAACGAAAUGACUGAUGCUCCACCCGAUCCCUCUACUGAGACGACUCCAGCGCUUGCGGAGGACGUGACGAUGACAUGA